AUGGCAUCUACAGUAUUAGUUAAAUUACCGACCGUACCUUUUCCUCAAGUAAGUGUCGUUUCUAUUUUAUAUUUAAGGUAUAAAUUCAAUCAUUCAAGUACUUGUUACAUCUAGGAAAAGAAAUCACCGUCAGAAAGAGAUAUAGUGACAUUGCCAGAUAGAAAUGAAGGAUUGAAUCAAAGUAUAAGACCUCAAACUGUAAAUGUUGAUAGAGUAGCUCAGCUGGAACAAAAUAUGAAAUUUUUACAAGAACAACAUCAGGCAACCUUGGUAGCUUUGCACCAAGAAGUAGAAUCAUUGCGCCAAAAGAAUAGAGGGUAGCCCAGUGUGCGUGAAUAUUACACCAUUACAAGUGGAACUUUUGGAGAAAGAUUUACAAGAUACCAAGAUAUCUUUACAAGAAGCUAAAACGCAAAAUCAGUAUUUGUCUGAAAUUAUUAAAGAACAGAAAAAAAAGUUGAGUUCUAUGGAAGAAGAAAAGGUGAAUAAGGAGCCAAUGAUAGAUGUAGGAAUCCAGGUGGGAUUGCAUUCCUCUCGAGCACAUAUAAUCGCUUGCUUUGAAGGUACAGAAGCGACGAUAAAACGAUUACGUAAACAAAAUGAAGAGCAAAGAGAACAGAUUGCAACAUUGAAAACAACAUCACCAAAUAUGAAUAGUAAUAAAGGAGCUCGAUCCCGUGACGGUAAUAAUAGUCAUCACAGUCGUGGAUCACCUACGAGCACUGUACAAGAACAAAGUCCUCAUAUAUUUCCACCGUUACAAAGUUACUGGCAUCACAAGUCACUCAGAAAUGGAAGAAAUCGACACAAUAAAUCGGACCAUCAGACAGAGGUGGAUUCGACUAUGUUACCGCAACUUCAAAAUGGCAAUAUAAAAUUAGAUACGAUGAUGUUUGAAUCUUUAUGUUAUCGAUCUCGUGGUCAUCGUAAUUAUUAUCGCGAUGAAAGCAAUCGAAAAUAUAGAGGAAACAUUUCACAAAAAGAUCGUAGAGAUAGCGAUCAUCAUCACCAUCAUCAUCAUCAUCAUCAUCAUCGGCGAGAUUACAAGGAUAGAAAUUCUAAAAGUCAUCAAAAAGAAGUGCCAGAUUCGGCAGAAGGAUCUAGCGAAGCUGAUAAUUCUGCGAAUGGCAAAUCAUAA